AGCCAUUCUGGCCUCAUAGGGAACAACUCUGAAGCAAGACCUUUACUGAAAUCCUGGUGAUCUACCCUGGUUACUUCCUCUCUUGAAAAUGUUUUGCGGGGAAUACGUCCAAGGAACCAUCUUCCCAGCUCCAAAUUUCAAUCCCAUGAUGGAUGCCCAAAUGCUAGGCGGAGCACUCCAAGGAUUUGACUGCAACAAAGACAUGCUGAUUGACAUCCUAACACAACGCAGCAAUGCACAGCGGCAGAUGAUAGCUGGGACCUAUCAGAGCAUGUAUGGCCGGGACCUGAUUUCAGUCCUGAAGGAACAACUUUCAUCUCACUUCAAAGAAGUGAUGGUGGGCCUGAUGUAUCCUCCACCAUCUUAUGAUGCUCAUGAGCUCUGGCAUGCCAUGAAGGGAGCAGGAACUGAUGAGAAUUGCCUCAUUGAAAUAUUAGCUUCAAGAACAAAUGGGGAGAUUUUCCAGAUGCGAGAAGCCUACUGUUUACAGUACAGCAAUAACCUUCAAGAGGACAUUUACUCAGAAACCUCAGGACACUUCAGGGAUACUCUCAUGAACUUGGUCCAGGCAAACAGGGAGGAAGGAUAUUCUGAUCCUGCAAUGGCUGCUCAGGAUGCAAUGGUGCUGUGGGAAGCCUGCCAACAGAAGACUGGGGAACAUAAAACCAUGAUGCAGAUGAUCCUGUGCAACAAGAGCUACCCACAACUUUGGCUGGUCUUCCAGGAAUUUCAAAAUAUUUCUGGCCAAGACCUGGUGGAUGCCAUCAAUGACUGUUACGAUGGUUAUUUCCAGGAGCUGCUGGUUGCUAUUGUUCGUUGUGUCCAGGACAAACCAAGCUAUUUUGCUUAUAAAUUAUACAGGGCAAUCCAUGAUUUUGGCUUCCAUAACAAAACUGUCAUCAGGAUUCUCAUCGCCAGAAGUGAGAUAGACCUAAUGACCAUAAGGAGACGUUACAAAGAGAGAUUUGGAAAAUCCCUCUUUCAUGAUAUCAAAAAUUUUGCUUCAGGGCACUAUGAGAAAGCACUACUUGCCAUCUGUGCUGGUGAUGUGGAAGACUACUGAAAAGAGGGAGGGUUUGAAGGUGAUGUGAUCUUCUUUAUAGACACCUGACAUAGACUGCUGAACUCGUGCUGUAUUCACACUGAAACAGAACUAUAAAAUCAAAUUUUUCUUCUAUCUCUACAAUUAUUCUGAGACAAAAAUCUCUCCUGUUAGAAAUGUGUAAUCCUGGAUUUGUAGCCCUUAUUCAAUUAGUAAUCAAUUAAACUGUAUAUGGUAGACUAAGAAAA